AUGAUGUAUGUGGGCUAUCUUUUGGAUAAGGACACUAACAUGUACCCUAACCCGGUCAGGCACCCCAGCCUGAACCUCAAUCCCCAGAACUACGUGCCUGCGCCCCCUCAAUAUUCGGAUUUUGCCAGCUACCACCACGUGCCAGGGAUUAACAGUGACCCACACCAUGGGCAACCUGCGGGCGCCUGGGGCUCGCCAUACACACCCACCAAGGAGGACUGGCAUUCGUACGGGCCUGGAGCCGCUUCUUCCGUCGCUAACCCGGGGCAGCUUGGAUUCAGCCCCACCGAUUUUAAUCCAAUUCAGCCUCCAGGCUCUGGACUCCUACCUCCACCCAUCAACAGCUCAGUGGCCCAGCUCUCCCCCAAUGCGCAAAGGCGCACCCCCUAUGAGUGGAUGAGGCGCAGCGUUCCAACCAGCAGCAGCAGUGGCAAGACCAGAACAAAAGACAAGUACCGGGUGGUGUAUACGGACCACCAGCGCCUGGAGCUGGAGAAAGAGUUCCACUACAGCCGCUACAUCACCAUCCGGCGGAAAGCGGAGCUGGCGGCAACGCUCGGGCUCACCGAACGGCAGGUGAAAAUCUGGUUCCAGAACCGGCGAGCCAAGGAGAGGAAGGUGAACAAGAAGAAGAUGCAGCAGCAGACGCAACCCACAAGCACCACCACUCCCACCCCGCCGGCCGUUGGCACCCCGGGUCCCAUCGGCGGCAUCUGCAGCAGCACCACCAACCUGGUCUCCUCUUCCCCAAUGACUAUCAAAGAAGAAUUCAUGCCUUAAGACCAGCAGAUAGCA